UCAGCUACUAAGAAGCUUCUCGGGAUUUGUGGAUCAGUUACGACAUAGUGUUGGUUUAAAACGUGUAAUUUUAAACUCAGUAAAACAGGAAAUCUUCGUAAAACUUUAGUUUUAAAAAUGCCGGUUUUAGAAAGAAGUCGUUCUUCAUUUUUACAUAUUAGGCUAAAGUAGCGCGUUUAGCUUAUUUUAGAAUGGACCUGUAUAUUUAUGUCUAUUUUCUUGUGUUUACAGGUAGAUAACUUUAAAAUGUUUAUGCCGAGAGCCCUGAAAGUGAAGAGACCUGCUCAGAGUUCAGGCCAAGUUUUGAAUAAGAAAAUCAAGUCUGAUCAAGUGGAGGACAACAAAAGUAGCUCAGAGACACCUGCUGCACAGAAAUCGGAAGUUUGUGAAGACAGCAAAACACAGGAUGAGGUGGUACAAGCAGAAGUGGACGCUACUGCACAGUUGGGAGAAAACUCAGAACAUGCAGAGGGACACGAGUCUUCCUCAGAUGAUGAAGAGGAACCAGUUAAAUCAUUCAGAAAGAGCCAGAGAUGGCCUGAACCCGGGGAGCCUGUCUGUGUGAUGUGCGGCCGCUAUGGGGAGUAUAUCUGUGAUGCCACUGACAACGACGUGUGCAGUCUUGAAUGCAAAGCCAGCCAUUUACUGAAAAUGGGGAUGGGGACUGGGGCAGAUGCGUUCGAGCGUAAGGAGCAAAACAGUGAUGAAAGGACUCCUCAGCCUCAGCAGACUGCGGCCGACACAGCGGCAGACUAUUCUUACAGGGAAGAUCCUUUCAUAUCGGGACUAACGGACGAGCAGGUGCAGCGAAUUAAACAGGAGCUGGGCAUUGAAACCCAGGGGAGGGACAUCAUGAGACCCAUUGUAGAGUUUGAACACUGUGGCUUUCCCGCCACUUUAAGUAGCAACCUGAAAAAGGCCGGUUACGAGGCACCGACGCCCGUCCAGAUGCAGAUGGUGCCCGUUGGUCUUACGGGCAGGGAUGUGAUCGCGAGUGCGGACACGGGAUCGGGAAAGACUGUGGCCUUUUUGCUGCCGGUGGUAGUGACGGCACUGGAGAAGCCAGUGCAGAGUGUGCGCAGCCCAGUGACCGUGAUCCUGACCCCCACCAGAGAAUUGGCCAUUCAAAUCGAGAGACAGGCCAAGGAGCUGGUGAUGGGACUCCCGAACAUGAGAACCGCCCUGCUGGUCGGUGGCAUGCCGCUCCCCCCUCAGCUUCACCGCCUCAAGAGCAGCAUUAAGAUCGUCAUAGCGACCCCGGGGAGACUCAUUGAGAUCUUGAAGCAGAAAGCACUGCAGCUUGACAAAGUGAAGCUUGUGGUGGUUGAUGAGGUCGACACUAUGUUGAAGAUGGGCUUCCAGCAGCAGGUGCUGGAGGUUCUGGACCAAGUCCCCGAGCAACACCAGACUCUGCUGGCCUCGGCCACCAUCCCAACAUGGACGGAGGAGCUGGCUGCUCGGUUGGUCCACGACCCCGUACGUAUCGUGAUUGGUGAGAAGAACCAGCCCUGUGCCAACGUCAGGCAGAUCCUGCUUUGGGUGGAGGAACCCUCCAAGAAGAAGAAGCUGUUUGAGAUCCUCAAUGACGGUAAGCUGUACCAGCCUCCAGUGGUGGUGUUUGUGGACUGUAAACUGGGUGCUGAUCUCCUGUGUGAGGCGGUCGCCAAGGUGACGGGCCUGACUACUGUGGCCAUCCACUCCGACAAGAGCCAGUGGGAGCGCAACCGCAUCCUCAGGGGUCUGCUGGAUGGGGACUUUGAAGUGGUGAUCAGUACAGGUGUGCUCGGCAGAGGGCUGGACCUAGUCAACGUCAGAUUGGUGGUUAACUUUGACAUGCCAAACACGAUGGAUGAGUACGUCCACCAGGUGGGUAGAGCAGGUCGGCUGGGGCACAGAGGAACAGCCAUCACCUUCCUCAACAACAACAACAAACGGCUGUUCCUGGAGGUGGUGAACCGGGUCAAACCCACGGGGUCCAUUCUUCCCCCUCAGCUCCUGAACUCACCCCACCUCCACGAGCAGCAGAGGAGGGCGAGGCAGAAAACCAAGACGGGACCCGAGGACACGCUGGUCACCAAGAGCAACCUCCUGGACAUCAUAAAAAAACACGACCGUCGCAAGAAGUAGCAAAUUCCUCCAGUGAUUCGUGCAACGGUGCUGUCUAUUUAUUGAGUAAAUGCAAGAUGUUUAGUUUGUAUAUUGCUUUGUUGAAGAAGAAAAAAAAAUAAAUAUGAAUUUGGUGUAGUCUGA